AUGGCAAUCGGAUCGCAGGCCUCGCCGGCCUUUGAAAGACUGCCCGAAGAGAUUAUACAGCAGAUACUUCAACUGACCGAUCCGAACUCAUUUGCCUCUCUGAUCCUGCUGAACCCGAAGUGGAGGCGCGUCUCCCAGCAGGCCCAUCUCUACGCGCAUCACCUCUCGCGAUGCCCCUCGUAUUCCGCAACACACAGUGGCCUGUCGCCGGCCUCCGUCAAAGAUGAAGACCUGCCGAGGCUCCGUCGUCUUUUCUCACGGGAGAUCAAGCGAAACCUCUUUGAGGUCUACCUGCGGCCGCAUGCGACGACUAUCAAACUGGUGUCCAACUCGAUCAGCUCCUCCUGUGCGCCUGGUGGCGAAGGAAUGCAGUUCAGUCCCUCGCCCAGGGGCCAUCAUAUACUCGCGUACAACUCAUCCCGCAUCUAUGUUCUAGAUGUUCGGGGCUCGGAGUUGGAGGUGAAGCGAGAGCUGAAGAUACUGCGUCGUCCGGUCUCGACCUGCAUUGUAGACGAUGGUACUCUACUAGCUGUUUUGUCGACUGACAUGCAGGUCGAUCUAUACGACCUCCGGGAGCAUCCACCGAAGCGAACCCAGUCCUUGAUCCUAGACCACACACCUCGGACUAUCGCUCUCUCACCAUGUGGAAGCGUCCUGGCCGCAGCAUAUGAGGGCGGCAUCGAAGUUUCCUCGCUCAGUAACGGGGCUCUGCCCACGGACAGGAGGGCUGUCAAGUGCGAUGGAGUUGACCACCUCGCCUUCUCGUUUGAUGGAACGCAGCUACUGGGAACUACGACUGUUGCCCACCAGCCAAACACCGUUAUCCUCACCGCACCCUACUACGACCCUGGGGCCCAAAUGGGGGAUGACAGCAUCAGCGCGCUUUGGACUACGUCUAUCCUGUUCCCAAAUACCAGCCGCGACUGUAGCCACGCCGUCCUCAUCCAAGAAUCUAGCUCCCAGGAAGCUAGCUGGACAUUCACAUACGAUCGAAGCUUUGAGACUUUCCGUGCUGUUCGUAUUGAUGACCUUCGCAAUGGUACAACAUAUUUCACUGGGCCCCUACCCCAUUCAGCAUCUCAAACGACCUUGCUCCCCUGUACGCUACCUGCCGCAACCUACUGUGGCGAGCUCGUUUCUGCUGGGUUCGAAGGAAAAGACAUAUGGCUAUAUGGGGUGCCCGAGGAUCUGGAGGCUGUUUCGGAAACUCCAGCUGCACCUGACUUGGCCUCUCCUGAUUUGAGCCGGCGGAACAGUGCAGCGCAGUCACUGCGGGCGCAAUCUUCUCGAACGCAGGAGAGUUCCGGCGGCAGAGUCCCGCAGUGGCAGAUACUUUGCGACAGGAACCGGAAUACCUUUGUCAGGGGCCACAGGAUAACGGAAUUGCCUGGUGUGAAUACUGUCAAAUGGGUCGCUGGACAUGGGGGCCACUCUUAUCAAGAACGUCUCAUCGUUGCUGCCCGAGGUGUCCAACCGCCGAAACCAAUUACUGAGCAAGAUGGAAUUGAUUUCGUCGACGGUGGUAGAGUUACUAUGUUGGACUUUGACUUCGGUUUCACGAACGGAAAGACUACAGAAAUCACGAUAGAGGUGGGGACCAAGGAACCCGAGGCGCUGGAGGAGGAACACCGAGAUAUGGCUACCGAGGUCGCCAUCGUGAGGCGGCGAACCGUGGCACAACGUGGCGGACGACAAGGAGGUGUUAUGCGAGCUGUGACAUUGUCUUCGCGGCAAGCAGAGUCAUUACUGAACAGACCACCAGUCCCCAGUGUUCCCCUGGACAAUGAUGAGGAUCCCCUACUUCCUCGUCGUAUGACAGGACCACGGACACAAGAGCGGAGGUCUGCAGCUCAAGACGAACCAGAAGAGGCUUCCUUGGAAGAUGUGCAGGAGGCGCUGGAUGCACCGUAUGCGCAUGCCAGCCCGCGUUCAGGCCCAACUUUACGUCGUGCCGCAACCGCGGCUGCUGUCAACCGACGCCUUCAUCCAUCAGCCGCUUCUGGUGGGCGAAUUGAGUACAGGCGGGCAGACGGUAGAGCCGAGCAUCCUCACGAAAGUGACGCCGAUAACUGGGUUCCUCCGCCUCCACCAUAUGCCAAAGAAGAUCCUGGCGACAUGCCUGCUUUUCUCCGCCACGUUUCUAUUGCGGGUGCGGACUCGACAAACCAAGGUGGAAGGCCGUUGGCGUCUGCGCAAGCAAUUCACCCACCACCCUCGGCGCCUCCUCAGAUGUCACUCCAUCCGCCCACUCGUAUGGCACCACAGCCGCCGACCAGUGUUCAGACCCGUCCAGAGUUGCCCCGGAUUCAAACAUCGCCCGUUCGAGACAGACAGUCCCGUGCAUCGUGGCAACCCGUAAUACACAAGAAGAAUGGGAGUGGCUCAACCGUUUCUGUCGGUUCGCAUCCCGGUGAAUUGCAGCGGCCAUCGUCAAGUCCAACCCCCCAUCAGCCCGCACAGCCAGCGAGCGGUCGCCUUCACGAUGAGGAGGAUCUCUAUGAUGUGUCCCCCAUCGAGCCUCCAUCUGAAGGGGCACAAUUGCCAUUGCACGUACAUAAUUCUAAUCUCAAUGGCGAGCGUCGUGUGCACACCAGCCCCCAUGCGCCAUCCUCAGGAACGCUUUCGUCCGGUUCCGAAUUCACGCCCGCCUCAUCGACACAUUCCGCUGCUGUCCCCUCGUCAGGUCGUAACAAUGUAAUGUGGAGUGAACGGCAACCUGGUGCAAGCCCACAAGUUGGACGGCUGCCAAAUGCUCAAACGUGGCCACGGACUCAGUCCGGUUCAUCAUCAGCGGCCAUUCCAAUGGGCUACCCCUAUUCGGCACCGGUGAUUGAUGAAAGUAAUGCCGAAGCGGUGGCCGCAGCAUUACCUCCAGCACCGACCCCAGAUCAGCUGGCAAGCUUGCACAAGCGUCGGGAUUCAGGUGCACCCAGGCGAGCCUCUGGGAUGUUUCAAAUUUCCCGCGUACCUGUUGGCCGCGACUCGCAGGAUCGGGGCCGGCCUCCGUCGGUGAGGAACAGUCAAGUCAUUGACUUCGCGUCCACGUCCUCCGGGCCGGAGCAACCACUGAUCAUCAGCACUCCGACAGGAGUUUCUGGGGCAUUUGACCCUCCGGAUCACGCCACCUCGCAGAGGAAUCCCUCGGAGCCGAUCCUGCAUGCGCCUGUCCCCCGCCAUCCUCAACCACAGAGCAGCUCAGGCCAUACAAGGCCGACAGUGGAGCGCCUCGAGACCAUCUACAGCGUUACCAGUCCCGGCGACGGGAGCCUCAAUGAGCACCAGAACUAUUUCCACAACGCCCAAGGACAUCCCGUACACAUCCCACCUCCACCGCCCUCCGCCCCGUUGACCGUAUCGUCGCUCCGGCACCACACGAGUCUGACGAGGCGCCAAAGCCGUGCCAGGCGAAGCGCGGCCAAGAAUGUCCAAGACGCCAAGAGCCGCGGGUGGACAGGCAGGCGCAAGAAGAAGGCCAAGAACGCCGAUGCCAUGAGCAGCACAUGGACCGACGUUACCUGGGCCUCCAGAGCACCGAAAGACGGUUCCUCCAAAGAGAGAAAGUGUGUUGUCAUGUAA